CUGCGGCGCCGAGGUCGUAGGGUUUUUUAUUGCGUGUCUCCUUCAUAUUGUCCUACGCCGGGUUUUCGGAAAGAAUUAGUCCCGUUUUUAAUCUGAUAGUCUUCAGUACCUGAACGGUCCCAACUCUCGGUAAAAUGGCAGUUCCUCCAAUGUACGCAGACUUGGGAAAAUCCGCUAAGGACAUCUUCAACAAAGGAUAUGGGUUUGGGCUGAUUAAGCUUGAUGUGAAGACCAAGUCUUCAACCGGAGUGGAAUUUAAAACAUCUGGAUCAUCUAAUGUAGACACCAGCAAGGUCAUCGGUGCCCUGGAAACCAAGUACAAAUGGGCUGAAUAUGGGCUGACCUUCACGGAGAAGUGGACCACAGAAAACACCCUUGGGACAGAAGUUUGUGUCGAGGAUAAAAUCACCAAAGGGUUGAAACUUAAUUUUGAAACGACGUUUUCACCCAACACUGGCAAGAAGAGCGGUAAAGUGAAGACUUCGUAUAAGCGAGAGCACCUUAACGUCGGCGUUGACGUAGAUUUAGAUUUUGCCGGUCCAACUAUCCACGGGGCAGCGGUGGCUGGUUAUGAGGGUUGGCUCGCAGGCUACCAGAUGUCCAUCGACUCGGCCAAAUCUAGGAUGACCCAUAGCAACUUUGCUGUUGGGUACCAGACUGGAGACUUCCAGCUCCACACCAACAUAAAUGACGGUUCAGAGUUUAGUGGAUCCAUUUAUCAGAAGGUAAAUGAAUAUCUGGAGACUGCUGUGAAUCUUGCCUGGACCGCAGGCAGCAACAGCACUCGCUUCGGAAUUGCUGCUAAAUACCAGUUAGACUCUAAUGCCUCCUUAUCGAUGAAGGUGAAUAAUGUCAGCUUGGUAGGAAUUGGAUACACCCAGACUCUGCGACCUGGUAUGAAACUCACCCUGUCAGCGUUAGUAGAUGGGAAGAGCAUCAACGCUGGCGGCCACAAGCUCGGUCUAGGCCUGGAGCUGGAGGCGUGAGAAUCCACUGCUUUUUAAAAAAAAAAAAAUUAGUAGAGCAUCAGCAGGAUCUGGUCUACAGUGUUCUCGGACGGCUAGUAAAAUAUGUUUUAAAGACGAGGCCAAAACAAAGUACAUUUUCACCACCCUCCUGUCACGGGUUACAAGAAGUCCUUUCAGCACUUGUGUUUAUUCAUCAGGUCGUUCCUUCAGUGAAAAAUCCUUCAGGUUGUGCUCGUUUUAGUUUGACAAUCCAGAAUUUGUUUUUGGGGACAAACUUAUUUUGCUGAGAUGUAUAAUCAUGUAAAUUGGAGGUGUUUAUUUUUGCACAGUGGAAUAUACAUUUAAUAGUUUAAUUCCUUAUAUUUACAUAUUUUAUUGAUAUUCUAUUAACGUUUAAGCUUAUAGUCGUUGCUGCUCAUAUUUGCUAUAGAUUUUAUGAUUCUGUACGAGUUCUGACACCUUAUAGGAUGAAGCGAAAUGCAUUUCUGCCUCCCCUCGUUGUGACUUGAAUGAAAACCUGACUCGUCCACUUUUCUUCCUGUUGAAACAUUAAUGGAGGAGUUUGUGCGUUACUAAAUACAAUAAAG